AUGGCAGCAAAAAGUAAUGAAGAUGAGGAGGAUGUUAAUACAACUCGACAAUCUAUGACACUUGUGCCAGUUACAGGUGCAAUUUAUCACAAUGGGCUGGAAAAGCCUACAGAGCGAUGGAGCUUUGAGCUUGGGUUAAAUUUGUCGGAAGACAAAUUGCUUUAUACCAUUUUGAAGCACUUGGAAAAAGGUUAUGGAAUCAAGGACAAAUGCGCCGCUUUGAAUAUUGCAAAGUUCAAGCUUCAGGUUUCAGCAAAAGAUUUUACACCAAAAUUACCUGAGUGGCCUAAAGGCAGGAUUUUUUCUAUUGACAGCCAGGAACAAUGGGAUAAUUGCUUUCCAAAAAUACUUGGGCAUGAAGGGGAACUUAUAGGUUGGCAACUUUUUACUAAUGUUACUAAUGAACUCUCUCAUAUAUAAACUUAUACAUGUGGGCCAUAUUUAAUAGUUACAUGUUUUAAUACAUAAAAAUAGUGACUUUUAUAGUGCGACUCAACGACGACGAUAUGUCAAUACGUCAUAUGGCAUAAAAGUUCAAUAACUUGUUUAGUAAUACAAACAAUGUUUAUAACAGGUGUCAGGUUUAUCAGCUUCUUGGAAUCAAUUCACAAAAUCACCACCCAAUACAUGAGCAACGUAUCCUUCAAGAAAUUGUUCUUAUAGUCCAGUUAUUUUUUUCGUUUUAGUGAAGGUCUUUGAAGUUGAAGUAGUUCAUGUGCAUGAGGUACUAAUGCAAGUUGCACGUACAAGUUCAGAGGUUUGCUCAAGUAAUUUAAAUAACAGUUCAUCUCAGAAUGCGGUGUCAACUGUGAAUAAAAAGAAGAAAGCUGGUCACCCAAAAACCACACACAGGAAAGAAGAUGAGGAAUUGUUUAAACGGUUGUGUCACAAUCCAGAUGGCAAUGAAGUUGAAAGAAAAGAAUGGCAAAUAGCAAAGUGGGAUCAAUUCAAGUCAGGUUAGUAAAUAAGCAGACCAGUUCAAAUCACAUAAGUUCAUAUAGAUGCAAAAUGUUAUUAUUGAUAUAAAAAAGAUUGGAGCUAACAUUUUAAAGAUAUAUACUGUAGUACUACAUUCCAUGGUUUGCGUAACAGGUCAAUAAAUAUCUGUGCCAUACAUUCCAUCACUCAUUUGAGUCAGUUGAGUGGCAUUUGAAAAUACAUCUUUGGAACUGCAUUUAAAGUGAUUUCUCAAGUGUACUGGACAUAAAAAUCGACAUAUUUUGGCUGAUCAUAAAUAUUGUCACAAAGCAUUUCCAGUAUUAAAAAUAUGCAUAUUGCAUAAUCUAAAAUUAAUUAAAUAUUUCUAUCAUGAGCAUAUAUUACCUGUAUAUCUAUUUUUGUUUCUUUAGCAAUGCAAAAUAAGUUUGGUGUCCUUGCACUAAGCGAACGAUGGAUUCAGUGUGUUUGUAAUAAGAAAAUCAUGCUUAAUAAAUCGCGUGCAAUCAACUUCUUUCAAGCAAGUAAGUCAGUUAACUUAAAGAAAGAAAAACAAUAUGGGUAUGCCAAAUUACUCCCAAGUAAUUAUUUGGUACAUUAAUGUAAGUACAUUGAUGUCAUUGGUGUGCCAAAAUUAGAUACACUAGACUGAAUAGAUACAAUAGAAUCAGACUUCUUCAAUUAUUGCACUUGUGUAUUAUGUGCUUUACAGUUUUGACACUUUUCCUUGGUGUCCUCCAUCAAGUUACAAGCAGAACUGCAUGCUGAAGCCAAUAUAUUUGCUUAUGUAAAGUUAAUAAAUUGGUAAUAUUGAAAUCUCGCUAAAGUGCUAAAUAUAGGAAUGAAUUUGAGCACAUAAUUAUAUAAUUAACCACAAAAAUUGAGAUUAUACAAUCAAUUGUAGGAUGGUUUGGUUUCAAUAGGCAAUCUGUUUAUUAUCAAGGGCAGAUCAAUAUGGUCAUUUUCCUUCUGUAGAAUUGUCAUAAGUGUUUUGUUUAAUUUGGUUUUGAAGGUAUGUUUCCUUUGCACACGGAAACUUGGAGAAAUACUAUUCCAGAUAAAAGAACCAAAUCGCGAAAAUGAGCGUUUUUGGAUUUCUAAUCGUGAAGAAUUGAUGUAAAAAUUCUUGUUCGCAGCUGCUCUCGUAUUAUAUCUAUGAAUCUCGCAUGUUUUGGUAAAUAAUUCUUGAAGAGCAAUUGGUGCAACUUCAUUAGAAAUAUCAUGUAACAAGUUAGCGGAUUCUCUAAUGUAUAGCAUGUUGAUAGGGAGGGUGUUUGAAGAGAUAAAUAGAGGGAUAGAGUGGUCACGAUUGUCUUUAAAGUAGAUAAGUCUCAGCACACGUUUCUGGAGUUUGAGAAGUUUGUCCGUAUAUUUUUUGGCUGCAUAUCCCCAUGCAACAACUCCAUAUGAUAGAUAUGGCUGAAUUAAUGACUUAUAUAUGUUCAUUAAGGUAUGGAAUGGGACAUAAUGUCGGACUUUUGCAAUGAUUCCAACAGUUUUGCUAAUCUUUAAUGCAAUGUAAUUAAUGUGUUGUUUCCAAGACAAAUUACAAUCAAUGAGAAUGCCAAGAUAUUUUAUAUAAUCCUUACUUUCGAGAGGUAUGUAUUUUUUUGAAUUAUUGUCAAAAAGUUUAAUAGUAGGCUGAUAGGUCAUUGGUUUUUGCGAUGGUCGAAAGAUUACAAAAUUUGAUUUUUUUAUAUUUAAUGUUAGUUUAUUAGCAUUUAGCCACUUACAAACUUCCCUCAACUCGAAAUUUACCACUGAUUCUAAAGUUUUUAAACUUUUGUUAGCAUAUAAUAGGUUGGUAUCGUCCGCAAAGAGAAAGAAAUUAAAUACCUUAGAUGAAUUACAAAUAUCAUUUAUGUAAAUUAGAAAAAGAAGAGGUCCAAGAACAGAACCUGAGGUACUCCACAUAGGGUCUCCUCUUUAUCAGAUAUACAAUUUCCUACAAGAGUGGUUUGCGAGCGGUUUUUUAGGUAAGAGGAAAACCAAUCAUUGACAACACCUCUUAUACCAUAGUACUUUAAUUUGCAUAACAGAAUGUCGUGGUCGACAGUAUCAAACGCUUUUUUUAAGUCGAUAAAUAUUCCACAAGAGAAAUGUUUAUUAUCCAUGUUACUUUGGAUUUUAUUGAUAAUAUCAAGAAGAGCAUGUUGUGUAGAAUGUUGUUCGCGAAAACCAUAUUGAGAAUCACUAAAAAAUUUCUUAACUUAAGAAAGUUUUUCAAUCCCGAGUUCAUUAGGAUUUCGAAAAAGAUAAGAUACCCUGAAAAGUUCAAUUGUACAAGAAGCAGAAGCCAUGUGCUUAACGACUCUUGAUGCAAAGUUUUCCCUUCCUGUCGGUGUAAAUCAUUUAAUCAAAGGACUUACAGCGUUAGAUACUUUCAAUAUGAUGAAGAAUGAAACACAAGAGAUAAAUGUUUGCCUUGACCAUUUGCAACACAGCAGAACUGAUAGCAUUAUCGUUCAAAAAACCUGUUGCAGUCACUGUGCAAUCUGCACUGAAUUAGGAACUGUCUGUGAUGCUUGCAGUGACAAAGGCCACACUGUUACCGAACCUGCUUUGCGACCUUGUGAUUCUUGUCUGGAAAAAGAAAUUCAGUGCAUUAAAGCAGCAGUUGUGUGUGUUUCAGAGGAUUCUGAAUCAAGAAAUUCUGGUGCACAAAAAGAGCUUGUGAGAGUAAACGACGAACAGUCUGACCUGUUUUUAUCAAUCAUAUCUCCCAUUCCUGAUGGUGUACAUGGUUCUAAGAGAAAACGGCAGAGUUUCUCAAAUUGGUUCCUGUUAGUAAAUAACUACCGAAUAAAUUUGGUUCAACUCAGGGAGCUAAGAAAUGACCACGCCUUACAUUCAAAGCUAGCACCCUUGCUACCACUUAGUGCAGUUAGGAAUCGUGAUCGUCAAGAUGUCGAAUCUAUAAUGGAGAUCUCGAGUCCAUUGGUGAGAAAGAUUCUUACAGAUAAUGCUAAAACUGUAACUCACACUGUGGUACCUGAGAAGUACAGGCUAAGGGAGGACAACAAAAGCGGAGUUUUUAAGGCACCCAUUGGAACAUGCAUGGGUCUCUUAGGACACAUAUUUGUCAGUGAUGUUGUUCAAGGUAAGGUAUACAAGGUGCGAGCGAAUCACUAUCCAGCAAAUGUUACUGUGGAAAUGGAUAAUUUAGAACAUCCUAUUGGAGUUGCUGUUUUUAAAGACAUACAUUACUGUGUAGAAUCUCAACGGAACACAAUUGCCUUUAAAGAUUUAACAGGGGAGACAGUUGUCGAUGUAAACAAGUUAACUGUCGAGAAACUUAAGAAGAAGUUGAAAGACAUUGGUGCAUGGAAUGAAGAUUAUAAAAGAAAACCCAAAAAAUAUCUUCAAGAAAAGCUUAGAGAAGCCUUAAACAACAGAGUUGCUUCGGAAACAAAUCCAACACAACAGACGACACACCGCAGAAACCUCCCUUUGCAUAUUGACUUUGACAGAGAAAUCAAGCAGCCGGUGGCAUUAUGUUUUGAUCAAGAUGGGAAUAUGUAUGUUUCGACAUUCACUGGUGCAGUAUAUGUUGUGUGGUUUGAAGCUCUAACAACGCUUGUGGUUUUAGGUAAUGCCCAUUGCAUGUGCCUGCAGUACAGUUCGUGCAUGAGGAACAGCCAUGAGAUCUGUCAGGUUGAGGCAUUGGAAAAAAUGAAAUAG